CCAUUUUUGUUGCUUCGUACAUCACUCACAUGAUUUCAGUGUCAUUUCCCGAGAAACUACACAGAUAAAAAGUUUCACAGAUGUAAAGACUGUAGUAUGACGUGUAAAGAUGCCAAGUUUACUCCUUUAUUCUGGUUGACGAAAAGAGAAUUAGGACACAAGAUAUCAAGCGUAGAAACAAGGAGUUUCCGCGGUGGUUUAUAUUCGUCUUUGAAAGCCGUUCAUAAGUGGGACCCACAAAAGACAGUUGACUCCACACAUCAUGGAGGAAUAUUUAAUUUUGAUUUUUCUCCAGACGGGUCAUUGUUAGCAGCAGCCUGUGAGGGUCAGAGUAUCCUGCUCUUUGAUCCGUUCAAUGGACGCCUUAUCGGAGAGAAGAGUAAAGCUCAUACUGACUGUGUUAACAUUGUCAAAUUUCUUGACUCGAGGUUGUUUGCCACAUGUUCAGACGAUUCAACUGUUGCAUUAUGGGAUGUUCGAUUCUUGAAACAAAAACUUCAUGAACUGAAAGGUCAUACAAAUUGGGUCAAAAACAUUGAAUAUGACCGAAACACAGGUCUUCUUGUCACCUCAGGUUUUGAUGGCAACAUUUUUACCUGGGAUAUCAAUAGGUAUUCUGACACAGAAACAAAAGGCACAAAGGUCUUUACGUACAAAUUGUUGAUGCGAUCAAAGCUCUCCCCUGACUCCUCCAAACUUGUUGUGUCAACUCAAAAUGGAUACAUCAUUGUGAUUCAUGACCUUGACCUGCUAACCUUAGCAGAUGACCUUAAAAAUUUCCCAGCCUAUGGUUCACCAGCAUCAUUUCCUUUCCAAAGAAAUCAGAGGCGUAAUAGAGUGGAGCUGAUACGCGAGUGGCCAUCAGGAGAUAAUGCCAGUGACAUAGCUUCCUUACAGGUCCACCCACAAGGUUGGUGUGUCAUGUCCAGGAAUGUUAGUAGAGACAAGAAGUCAGAGUGGACCUGCAUACAUGACCUGCAGGAGUCCAUCAAAAGACGGGAAUCUCAAGAGUUUUCUGUAAUGCCCCACACCUCUUGUGGUCAGUCAUCAUCAACGUACACUCCAGCUUCUGCCUCUACUGCUCCCACUACAAUGGUCACUACAGCCCCUCGCACUUCCACCUCCCAAGGAGCUUCCAUCAGAACCCAGACAGCACCAUCUAUUAUCAUAAAUCCUACCUUCUCUGAAGAUACUGCUAUGGGAACAGUCAGUGCACCUUCUAUUGUUAUCAAUCCACCAACUUUCAGCGUGGAAAGUCGACAAGUGGGAGAAAACUCCACUAGGACUGUAAGAAAUGGAUCAUCUGCUCUGGUGAUUAAUUCCAACCCAUCUAGUGGCUCAGAAGAUUUCCAGUCUUCUGUGACAAUUCAUAUUACCUCUCAAGCUGGGCAUUCCACAAGUCAGCAGGGGAGAAGGAACCCUUCAACCUCAUUUGAAUCUUCUCCCUCUAGUUCAGUGGACUCGAAUCCUCACCUGGAAUGGGUGCUGAAUCACCCCAGUGACAGGGAUAUUGAGUCACUGCUUCACGACGACAUGAGUUCUGACUCGAGUGCUGAUGACAGUGACGUGGAGAUAAUGGCUCCAGAGAGUCAACGGAAUGUGGAUAAUUCCUCUGACAAUCCACAGUAUCAGGAUCUUGUUGCUCUCAUUGUCAGGUAUGAUGUCAACCGAGGUAUUAUUGAUGUCAACCACCGGGUACGUUUAGGAAGCUCUUAUGAGAGCCCAAACUCCCGAACAACUGACAGACUUUUGUAUUACACAGAAGAACCCAAUGUGGCUAGAGGAUUCAUAAAGGAGCUGUGCUUUAGUUCUGAUGGACGACUCAUAUGUUCUCCAUUUGGAUUUGGUGUUCGACUUCUUGGAUUUGACCCUUUGUGUAGUGAACUUUGUGAUGUGGUGCCCAGUCAACCAAUUAGACUUUAUGAAGUAGCUAACUGCCUUUCACAUAGUAAUAUAGUUGUAACUUGUAAAUUCUCCCCUAGACAUUGCAUGUUUGUGUCAGGGUGUCUUAGUGGCAAAGUCAUGUUUCAUCAACCUGUUCUUUAAAAAUUGCGGGUGCUUGUUUGCCUUGGUUAGUUUUGUUUUAAGUUUUUCUUGUUUGUUAAUUAAAAAAAAAGUCAGGCAUGAUUUUAUUUCAUCUACAUCACAUGUGCAUUUUUUAUGGCUUAAGAAUGUUGAAACUAAUACAGUAAUAAAAAGUCCUCAGCAAUAACUUCUAUUUUAAUUAAUGGAGAAGAUACUGUACAAUUAAAAAAAUCUGUGGUUGUUGAAUUUUUUUGAUAAAAUCAGUUCAGUCAGUGUCAGGUUUUGAAUCAAUUACACUGCAAUGAAAUGCAUUACAUUACAAUUACAUUACAUUUCAAAUCUGCAUUUACUUAUACCACUGAUUUUUAUUUCACAUUAGUUAUGCAUUACAAUUACUUUGUUUUGUGUAAUAUAAUGCAUUAUACAUUACUUAAAAAAAAAUCUUGGUGCAAAAUUUUGUUUAUAUGUAUGAUAGUGUCAGC